GGGAGAGCGAAUAUAGUGAAUGCGGGGUCCGGGGAGACCCGAUAUAGUGAAUGCGGGGUCCGGGGAGAGCGGAUAGUGAAUGCGGGGUCCGGGGAGAGCGGAUAUACUGAAUGCGGGGUCCGGGGGGAGCGGAUAUAGUGAAUGCGGGGUCCGGGGAGAGCGGAUAUAGUGAAUGCGGGGUCCGGGGAGAGCGGAUAUAGUGAAUGCGGGGUCCGGGGAGAGCGGAUAUAGUGAAUGCGGGGUCCGGGGAGAGCGGAUAUAGUGAAUGCGGGGCCCGGGGAGAGCGGAUAUAGUGAAUGCGGGGCCCGGGGAGA